AGUCAUAUGGCACGUGUGUUAAAUUAAAUUACAAAUACUGUUCAGUUAUCUUUCAAUUAGCUGCAGUUAUAGUUGUGUGUAAGUGGUCCAAUAGAUAUGAAUAUUGUCACCAAGUAUUUUAACUGCAAUAUUUUGAAAGAUGGAAAAAUUCUUACACAAGAUCUAUGGGUCGUUGAUGGACGAAUAGCUAAUCCAGAAAUUAUAUUUUAUGAUAAGAAAAAAAUUCCAGACAUUGAAAUUGAUUGCCUAGGAUCUUUAAUAACUCCCGGAUUUAUAGAUUUACAAAUCAAUGGGGCUUUUGGAGUUGAUUUUACUCACCAUAGAGGAGAUGGACUUGAUAUAGUUAGAAAAGGAUUAUUACAAUAUGGUGUUACUGCAUUUUGCCCUACAAUAGUCUCAACGACCAGUUCAAAUUACCAUGAAAUAUUACCAAAGUUCAAACGUUGUCGAGGUAAUGAACAAGGAGCUGCAAUUUUAGGGGCACAUGUUGAAGGUCCAUUCAUUAGUAAACUAAAACAUGGUGCACAUAGCCUUUUUAAUAUAAAAAGCUUAGAAAAUUCUAAUCUAACAGAUACUUAUGGUAGCUUGGACAAUAUAAGAAUAGUUACUCUUGCUCCUGAACUUAAUGGUUCAAUGGAAGCAAUAAAACUAUUAUCCAGUAAUGGAAUUGUUGUAUCAUUAGGACACACGUCAUCAGAUAUGGAAACUAGUAUACAAGCUGUAAAAAAUGGAGCUACAUUUAUUACACAUUUAUUCAACGCAAUGCUUUCUUUUCAUCAUAGAGAUCCAGGGUUGAUUGGACUCAUAGCAUGUCCACCUAGGGUUGAGAAGCCAUUAUUUUUUGGUAUUAUAGCUGAUGGUACUCAUACGCAUCCAGCAGCAUUAAAAAUUGCCCAUAAAGUUAACCCAGAAGGACUUGUGUUGGUAACAGAUGCAUUGUCAGCUAUAGGGCUACCAGAUGGAAUUCAUCAUUUGGGUGAUAAGCAGAUUGAAGUAAAGAAUUCAAAAGCAUACAUUGCAAACACUGAUACAUUAUGUGGAAGUGUGACUUCCUUAGACGAAUGUAUGAGAUAUUUUAUUAAAGCAACAAAUUGUAGUGUUGCUGAAGCAAUUGAGACAGUAACUUUACAUCCAGCUAAGGUUUUAGGAAUACAAAAACUUAAAGGUACACUUAACUAUGAAGCUGAUGCUGAUUUUGUAUUAUUGGGAAAUAAAUUGAAUGUUCAAUCAACUUGGAUCAAUGGACAAUGUGUGUUUAAACAUAGUAGUGGAGCUGGUUAUAUUGUGAAAAAAAACAACUUAAAUAUUUCUUAAUUAUUACUAAACAAUUUAUUAAUUAUUAAUCCAAUAUUGUAAUUAAAUAGACAAUAAUAUCACUUAAUGUACAUAUUAUGAAAUUUAAAUUAUUAAACAUAAAGACACUAAUGGAAUAGCCCCAUUAAUUGAUUGAAGAAUAAAAUAAAAUAAAUAAAACUUAGAAGUA